AUGACCAGGGUUGUUGUGAUGGGUGAGUGGGAUGAUGAGGGUGAGGGCAAGGAUGGAGAGGAUGGUGGUGAGGAGAAGGCCAAGGAGGGCAAGGAGAAGGAGGUGGGGGUGGUUGUUGGUGAUGACGACAGUGGCAGUGAUGAGAGGGGCAACUUUGUUCACCACUAA